UGUAGUCAUACAACGCGACUUGGUGUGUUUGGUCCAGGAGCUGUGAAAAUAUACAGGACCUAAGAUUCUGUUAACCAACAGGAGAAAAGAAAAUGAAUAUAGUAAUUCUUCUGUUUUCUUUGUGCAUCUUCGAGUGUAAUGGAGACAAUUUCUUUGGGAACACGGACACGAGAGAAAACUGGAUAGCGAGACUUUACAAGGACAAACUUCAGAAUUACAGCAAGGCCUCGAGACCUAUCCUUGAUCCAAGCCACAACACGACUGUCCACUUGGGAAUGGCUUUGAACAAAGUUAAUGUGGAUGACCAUGCCCAGACUUUAUCUAUCAACGCCUGGUCUAUCAUGUCAUGGCGUGACGAACAUCUCCGAUGGGAUCCGAAGGAAUAUAUGAACAUUGACCGAAUGCAUUUUGAUGAGCAGGAUAUAUGGUGCCAGACAUCAAGGUGUUCAAUACGUAAGUGGAUUUAAUUUUCAUGUGUCCCAUGCAUAUUAUUUUCUUUCACAUGAUACCCAGUCGCAUAAACACGCACACACAUACACACACACAAAACAUAAUUACAUAAAUAGGUAUAAACAUACACACACACACACAUAACAUAAUUCCAUAAAUAGGUAUAAACACACUAAGACACACAAAACUUAAUUACAUAUAUAGAUGGAUAUUAUAUAUUCUUCUAUUUAUAUGCUAUAAAAAUAUACAUAUGUAUGUAGGUGUGUAUAUUAUUGCAUAGCUAAGUGAAUAUAUAUAAUAUAUCACACACUCUCACUCUCUCUCACACACACACAUACACUUAUAUAGUAUACGUAUGUGUAUAUAUAUAUGCAUAUGUACAUACACACAUAAACACCCAUACACACAUACAAAUAUAUAUAUACUGAAGAAAGAGAGAGAGAGAGAGAGAGAGAGAGAGAGCGAGAGCGAGAAAGAGAGAGAAAUCAUAUAUAUAUAUAUAAAUAUAUAUAUAUAUAUAUAUAUAUAUAUAUAUAUAUAUAUAUAUAUAUACAUAUAUAUGUGUGUAUGUGUGUGUAUGUAUGUAUGUGUGUAUGUAUGUUUAUGUACAGCUAAAUGAAUAUAUAUAAUAUAAUACACACACAUAUCACACACACAUAUAGCAUACGUAUGUGUAUAUAUAUGCAUACACACAUAAUCACCCAUAUA